GACUAUUGGUGGGUUAAUUCCAAUUCCUAACAUUCACCAAUCACCUAACAACUUGUAUUGCGUGAGAAGAAAAACCCAGGAAAAGCAACAGUUUUUUCUGGGAAAAAUUAAGACCAACAAAACAAACCCAGAUUUCCCAGAAUCACUGCUCAGACAACCAAGAGGAGAGAGAAAGAGAAGCGCAGAAGAGGGUGCCCUUUGAACUCGAAGAUGAACGGCGGUCCAUCUGGAUUCAAUAAUGCCCCUGUAACUAGAGGUGUCAUUGUUGCUUCCGCCCUUUUCACCGUUUUCUUUGGACUUCAAGGCCGUUCUAAUAAGCUUGGAUUCUCAUAUCUGGAUAUAUUCCAGAAGCCUCAGUUAUGGAAGAUCAUUGUCUCAACUUAUGCAUUUACAUCAACACCAGAGAUGAUGUUUGGACUCUAUCUGCUGUACUAUUUCCGGGUUUUCGAGAGACAGAUAGGAUCAAAUAAGUACACAGUGUUCAUUUUAUUCUCUUUGAUAGUUUCUUUCUUCCUAGGCAGUGCCACACUAGCCCUCCUUAAAGAUCCAAGCUCCUUAAUCACGGCUGGACCUUAUGGCCUGAUCUUUUCUUCAUUUGUACCAUUCUUCUUUGAUAUUCCCGUGUCAACACGAUUCCGGUUGUUUGGUUUUAACUUCUCUGACAAAUCUUUCAUAUAUCUGGCUGGUCUUCAGUUGCUUCUAUCAUCUUGGAAAAGAUCGAUUUUGCCAGGAAUAUGCGGCAUCAUUGCUGGUUCCUUAUACAGAAUGAACAUUUUUUACAUCCGCAGAGCAAAGUUGCCUGAUUUCAUUGCGUCUCUAUUUUCGCGGGUAUCUUGGCCAUCUACGGGAAGCCCAUCAGCUGCAACUGGGAUUAGGAGUGUACCAGCUACUGCACCUUCUUAUGCGGGGCGUCAAGUUGAGAGAAACUACCCUACUCCAGUUGUCGGCUCUGUGGAACCAUCAGAUGACUCCGUUGCAAUGCUAGUAUCCAUGGGUUUUGACCAAGAUUCCGCUAGGCAAGCACUUGUGCAAGCUAGAAAUGACGUCAAUGUUGCCACAAAUAUCCUUCUUGAAGCACAAUCCCAUUGAAGAAGACAAGUGCAGUUGCUAUGGUAAAUUGGCUCUUGUUCGUUUUGUAUCAUCCAAAUAGGGUUGUGAACAAGAUAAUUGAUUUCCAUAACUAUCAGGAAUGAUAAGAAAACAAGGCUCGGUCGUUUUCCAUGAUUAAGGGGUUCCUUGUAGCAAACCUAGAACUCAUUGGCAUAUAAUUCUUCCUUGAUUCCCUUUAUUCCUUAAGAAUGGGGGACUCACAUUUAGUAACAAAGCAUAUAAGCUGACAAACUUUUUGACUUUAGAAGCCUUGUGCAUUUUAUUUGCAGCUUGUUAGGAGUUACUCUGAUGUAAAUUGUUUGUUUCAGGAAUGUAGCAGUGUAAUUUAUACUUAGUAUAUUUUAUGCAAUUUUCUUAUACUGUCCUUACAUUUAUUAUAAUAAAGGAAAUUUCAUUGGCUAUUGUUA